AUGGCGUGCAGGACCUACUCCUUCCAUCUGUCUACAAUUGUGAGACGAAGAAGGAAUAAGUUGGAAGGGUUACAUAAUGAUUUUGGGGAUUGGAUUACUGAGAAACAGAGCAUGAAACAUAUUAUUGUUAAGUAUUUUCAAGGGUUGUUUAGUGCUUCUGAUAUGGUGGGUGACUAUGCUUUGCUUCCUCAGUUGUUUCCUAGUCUUGAAGGGGAUGAGCUUGAAGGUCUAAGUUGUCCUGUUUCUAUUGAAGAGAUCAAGAAUAGUGUGUUUGUUAUUGGUAGAUUUAAGACCCCAGGACCUGAUGGUUUCCCAGCUCUGUUCUACCAGGAUUAUUGGGGGGUUUGCUCUGAUGAUAUCAUCUCCUUUGUACAGGAUUGCUUUAAUACUGCCUCCCUUCCGGAUCAUUUAAAUGAGACUCUAAUUUCUUUGGUGCCUAAAGUGGAGAGGCCUAUGUGUAUGAAUCAGCUUAGGCCUAUUAGUCUUUGCAAUACUCUUUAUAAAGUGCUCUCUAAAAUCCUGGUGGCUAGGCUUAGGCCGUGUAUGACUAAGCUUGUUAGCCCUAGUCAAGUUAGUUUUGUCCCAGGAAGACAAAUUACAGAUAACAUUAUUGUUGCUCAAGAAGUGCUCCACAAAUUUAAAUCUGCCAAAGGGAAGAAGGGUUUUAUAGCUUGGAAAAUUGAUUUAUCCAAAGCUUGUGAUCGUAUGCAAUGGCCUUUUAUUAGGGAGGUGCUUUGGGAAGCAGGCAUUAAAGGAAGCAUUUUGGAGUUGCUCAUGCAGUGUAUCACUUCGGUGCAGUACAAGGCCAUUCUUAAUGGGGAGCUAACUGACUCGUUCUCUCCUCAGUGUGGUAUUAGGCAGGGGGACCCUCUCUCCCCUUAUAUCUUUGUAUUGUGUAUGGAAAAACUCUCUCAUCUCAUUCAGCAAAAGAUUCAACAUAGAGCUUGGAAAUCUGUUCAGAUUUGUCAAGGAGGUCCUCAUAUUUCCCAUUUAUUCUUUGCUGAUGAUUUAAUCCUUUUUGGGGAAGCUACUAUUGAUCAAGCUUGGUUGAUGAAACAGUGUUUGGAUGAUUUUUGUCAGUUGUCUGGUCAGCGAGUUAGCUUUGAAAAGUCUAUGAUAUUUGUCUCCCCAAAUACAAACUCUGAGUUGGCUAAUGCAAUUGCUGCAAUUAGUGGUUCUCCUCUUACUGCUAGCCUUGGUAAGUACCUUGGUGUCCCUCUUAUUCAUACUAGAGUGAAUAAACAAACGUAUCAAGAGGUUAUUGCUAAAGUUCAGAUGAGAUUAGCUUCUUGGAAGAGCCAUACGUUAUCUAUGGCAGGUAGAAUUACUUUGCUUCAAUCUGUUACUGCUGCAAUUCCUAUCUAUACUAUGCAAACUGCCAAGUUGCCUAUGUCUGUUUGUGAUAAAUUGGACCAGCUCAAUAGAAAUUUUCUCUGGGGGCAUACCAGUAAUACUUCUAAAAUCCACCUUGUCAAUUGGGAGCAAGUGUGUAAACCUAAGAUUGCUAGUGGAUUAGGCAUCAAAAGAUCUUCUUGGAUGAACCAAGCUCUUUUGGCUAAAACUGGAUGGAGACUUCUUCAACAUGAGCAAGGUUUGUGGUCUCAGGUCUUCCAUGCUAAGUAUUUAAAACAGCAGAACAUUUUAGCUGUGAAGGACUCUUAUUUUCCUUGUAGCUCUAGUGUCUGGAGGGGUGUGUUAUAUGGUAAUUCUGCCCUUUCCAAAGGUAUUAAGUGGAGAGUAGGUUCCGGGGAUAAUGUCUUAUUUUGGACUGAUAGGUGGUUGAGUUGUGGGCCUUUGUAUCAAUAUGCUAUCAUUGAUCUCUCUGAGGAAAUGCUUAAGUUGAAUGUUGGUGAUUUUUUGGAGGAGGGGGUCUGGGACGUUAACUGUUUAAGGGAAUGUCUUCCUCUUCAUAUUAUUCAUUUAAUUUUAAGUGUGCAUGCUGGUUUUAAUGGCAGUGGGACUGAUAGAUAUAUUUGGCAGUUUACGCCUAAUGGUUCUUUCUCGGUAAAUUCAGCUUAUAGCUCUUUGUUUCCUGCUGAGGCUUCAGUUAAAUGGGACUGGCAAUUUCUUUGGAGGUUGCGGCUCCCUCCUAAGGUUAAAACUUUUCUUUGGAUUGUUUGUCACCAAAAGUUGCUUACUAAUGUGCAAAGGCAGAAGAGAGGCCUCACUCAGGUUCCUACUUGCCCUAGAUGUGAUUAUCCUAUGGAAACUAUUGCUCACCUGUUUAAGGAUUGUCCUUUCUCUUUGGCUAUUUGGAAUUGUCUUCAAAUUGGAGAUAAUUCUAGCCCUGACUUGAUGGAGUUUAAAGAGUGGCUAUUAAGGAAUCUGCAGUCUAAAAGAAUGGUUUAUAAUGGGUUGCCUUGGCCUCUGGUCUUUGCGCUUUAUUUGUGGUUUAUCUGGAAAUGGAGAUGUAAAGGAAUUUUCGAUCAAAGGUUUGUUAUGUCUGCUGACCCACAACAAUUAAUUCUUCAGUAUGCUUGGGAGUGGUUUAAUGCUAACAAACCUCCUUCCCCUUCUUAUAUGCCAUCUGUUGUUCAACUUCAUUGGAUAGCCCCUACUCAUGGAGUUUGUAAGAUUAACACAGAUGGAAGUCGUAAUAGUGAUUCUGGGUCUAUUGGUGCUGGUGGUCUCUUAAGAGAUAAUUAUGGUGCUUGGAUUAAGGGCUUCUCUGUGAACUUGGGUGUUGGCUCUGUUCUUGAAGCUGAGUUGUGGGGCAUUUUUUGGGGGCUUCAUUUGGCUUGGGAGUCUGGCUUUCGUUUUGUGGAGGUGGAAAGUGACUCAUGUGUGGCUGUGGCUCUCCUUUCAAGCUCUACUAUUUCCACUCACCCCCUGUUUAGCCUUAUUAGUUGUUGCAAGUUAAAGGUGCAAGCUGGUUGGAAAUGUUCAGUUAAGCAUAUUUUCAGAGAGCAGAAUGUGGCAGCUGAUGUCUUGGCUUCUAAGAGUUCUGUGUUUGGCUCUGGGGUGCUUUAUUUUACUGAGGUGCCUGAUUUUCUUGUGACUUGUUUGGCUGAGGAUGCUAUUGGGGUGUCCAGAUCCCGUGUGGUUGGUGCUUAG